ACUUUGGGGCUCCCAGUACAUGGAUUACAUCCUCCACGAUCACGAUGGCACUGUGGGUGGAUUCCUGGGAGGAUUCGACGUGUUCCACUCUCUGCACUGUCUGAACGAAUUGCGCAAAAAGCUCAGUAAUUCGAAUAAUUACUACACGAAACUCCGAGGAAAACUUCACGACAUGCACUGUAUCAACCACCUCCGCCAGGCCCUACAGUGCGCCAGCGUGGCGAGCAUAAUUCCGUCACUUUACAGACCGACGCUCGGCAAUCAGUACAGUGACGCUGGUCAGCCACAUGUGUGUCGAGAUAUUGGGGCCAUUCACAACUACACUCGCAAGAGAGUUGCUGAUUCGGGCACAUCCGUGAUGGAAUGGCGAAACAUUGUCUAUUGAUGGAACUUGCGGGUGCGCGGGUUUGCGGGCUUGCAAUACUACGUAAGGCCAAAGUGUCGACUUGGUCCUGCGGAUGUUUGCUCUCAACGAUCCUCAAUUUGAGUUCAGCACGACCGAUCUUUUGAGCGACAGCAAUCUUCCCAACCACUCAACACUGGUCGCUCGAGGGUCCGUCCAAUGAAUCAUGGCAACAGGAAGUGAUCACCGUACUCUGUAUACCUGGCACAAAAGAGACAGUGUCUCUAGAACUCAGCAUGCCAAUUC